GGAGAAACUUGAUUAUAAUAUACUGUAUUAAGAUAACCCAGAUAAAAAGGGCUAGUUUCUAAACUUCAAAAGAGCCUUUGAUGAAACCUUGAUGAUGACAUACCACUAUAGAUCUUAUUAUCUCCAGCAGCACUCUGAGCACUGUGGACGUUAUUCACGGUCUAUAAAACACAUCUGACCCCUCCUGGAAUCCCUGAUUAACCUGUAGCGCUCCUCACAGGGAUCCAUUGUCCGUCACCAAUGGAAGAAGUGUUCCUUAGGAAGAGGGACAUCAUUUCCACAGUAGAAAAAAGCAGAAGUUUGGAGGGAAGUGAGAAUCGGACAGCAUGUUGAAGAGAGACAGUGCGGGAACUGAUGGGGGUCUACCUGAAAACACCUCUCUGGAGGAAUCUAGUGAUUUUACAGUGCUUUUAUCUGGAACGGAACUGAAGCAGAGCGAGAGUUCCUCAAGUCUCGGGAGCGACUGCUCCUCAGCUUCCCAAAUCCAGACCAGUCAGAAUGAGGAGGUGAUGACGGACGGCUGGAGGAGCCGCAGGAAGCAUGUGUUUGUGCUGAGCGAAGCAGGGAAGCCCAUCUACUCUCGCCAUGGCAGCGAGGAGGCCCUGUCUUCAGUGAUGGGGGUCAUGAUGGCGCUGGUGUCUUUUGUCCAGGUUGGAGGAAACACCAUUCAGUCCAUUUACUCAGAUGGGCACACGAUUGUCUUUAUGCAGAAAGGACCUCUGGUUCUGGUUUCCGCAUCAAAGAGUCGACAGUCUGAGCUGCAGCUUCGCUCUGAGCUCCUGCAUGUUUACCAUCAGAUCGUCAGCAUGCUCACCCAGGCCAGCAUCAAUCGCAUUUUCCAGCGCAGGAAGAACUACGACCUCCGCCGGCUGCUGUUCGGCUCGGAGAAGGUUAUAGAUGGUCUCCUGGAUGUAAUGGAGUCUGAGGCUGGUUUCCUGCUCUCGGCUGUGCAGUGCCUGCCUUUGGCUUCGUCUUCCAGAGACGUUCUCAACCAGGUCCUGCAGAAAGCAGUCACUCCUAAUCUUGUCCUGUCUCUCCUGGUCACUAAGGGUCAGCUCCUCUCCAUUGUCCAGGAGAAAAUGGUCAUAGAAGACGCCAGGCUGAAGCCGAGUGAUCUGCACCUGCUUCUGAACCUCAUUCGAGCUUCCACGUCCUUCCAGACGGGUGAAAUUUGGACCCCGGUCUGCCUUCCUCGUUUUAAUCCAGACUGCUACUUCUACACUUACGUCGCCUACCUGGACCCUCCAGAGUGUAGCGUCUGCCUCGUGCUUCUGUCCACCGAUAAGGAGGCUUUCUACGCCGUGGCGGAGUGCAAGCGGAAGAUCGAAGAGGGGGUUAGAAACAACAAUGUUCUGCAGUCUAUCUCCAAAGCUCAACCAUGUCAGGUUCGCCAUGUUGGCGUGGCUGAGCUGAGACACUUCCUGUACAUGCCCUUUGACGUUCCAGAUCACUAUGGCCAGCUGCCGCAAUUCACCAGUCCAGCGGUGGAGGCACCGUAUGCUACUGGGGAGGAACGGGUCCGACUGAUGGACCUGUACCGACAUCUCCACAGCCGAAUUCACAGCAGCUCACGCCCCCUCAAACUGCUCUAUCACUCCACCCAGAGAGAAACCCUGCUGGCAUGGGUCACUGGCAAGUUUGAGAUGUACGCCUGCUUUAGCCCACUGGUUAACAAGUCCUUGGCUAUCGGUGCGGUCACCAAGCUGUUGCGGUGGAUCAAGAAAGAAGAAGAUUGCCUCUUUAUCUGUUCUCCCCCAAAAUACUCCACCACACCACAGCCAACCAGAAGCUUCUCUAAUGGCAGGGCCAGGGCUGACAGACAGGAAGCAUCAGAGAGCAGCUUCCUCUCACUCUUAUAACCGACAUCAACAAAUUAUCAUCAAGACGUUCAGUAUUUCAAUAAAAAAGUAAAACUCGUAUUACCAGUGCGGGAAAACAGUAAUGCAGUGGCUUCGGACUUAUAAUUAAACACAGUGGAUCAACACCAGCAGAUGACAUGUCUCUUGUAAAUAUAGAUAUAUUACAAAUAUAGAGUGUUACCCUUCACUAUAAAUAACUUUCUGUACAUUUCAUAUGGUUUUCUUUGUUGUGGGGGGUGAA